AUGCAGGCUGCUCUGAACGCUCGCUUUGGCGUGGCCCGACCGGCCACCCGCGCUGCAGGCGCCCACCGCAGCGCGGUGCAGCCUGUGCGCGCGGCAGCGGCGACUGAGAAGGAGAUGACGGACGAUCUGGGCUUCAAGCUGAUGCGGCGGGGCGUGAAGGUGGCGGCCAAGGAGAGCAUCCUGACCCCCAGGUUCUACACCACCGACUUUGACGAGGUGGAUGACAUCUUCAACCUGGAGAAGAACCCCAACCUGCCCAUGGAGGAGCUGACCGCCAUGCUGGAGGAAUUCCGCAAGGACUACAACCAGAAGCACUUUGUGCGCAACGACGGCUUCCACGAUGCCGCCGACGAGAUCCAGGGACCCAUGCGCAAGAUCUUCAUCGAGUUCCUGGAGCGCUUCUGCACCGCGGAGUUCUUCGGCUUCCUGCUGUACAAGGAGCUGGGCCGCCGCCUGCAGAAGUCCAACCCCGUGGUGGCGGAGAUCUUCACGCUGGCCCGCGACGAGGCCCGCCACGCCGGCUUCGUCAACAAGGCCCUGUCGGACUUCAACCUGGCCCUUGACCUCGGCUUCCUCACCAAGAACCGCACCUACACCUUCUUCAAGCCCAAGUUCAUCAUCUACGCCACCUACCUGCCGGAGAAGAUCGGGUACUGGCGGUACAUUAGCAUGUACCGCCACCUCCAGCGCAACCCCGACAACCAGCUGUACCCCAUGUUUGAGUACCUUGAGAACUGGUGCCAGGACGAGAACCGCCACGGCGACUUCCUGACGCGCAGCCUGUGGUCCCGCUUCUUCUGCCUCUCCGUCUACAUCACCAUGUACCUCAACGACCACUCCCGCUCCGUCUUCUUCGGCGCCCUGGGCCUCAACACCACCCAGUUCAACCGCCACGUUAUCAUCGAGACCAACAACGCCACAGCACGGGUGUUCCCAGAGGUGCCCGACUGCGACGCCCCCGGCUUCUGGGAUGUGAUGGACCGCAUGGUUGGCUACAACGAGAAGCUGAUUGCCAUCGACCGCAGCGAGGCACCCGAGUUCCUCGAGAAGCUGCCCUACACCGAGCGCAUCCUGGUGGGCUGCCUGCAGCUCUUCUUCAUGCCCACCCUGCGCUCCGGCAGCUUCGACAUCGAGGGCGCGGGCAGCUACCAGUACUGA